AUGGCAGCCUUCGAUUUGUCUUUCACUGCCAUGCUGGUUCAUGAGAUGGAUGCCACGUUCCGGCACGAGUGGCGCAUCCUGCCGUUGCUGAACUUAAUCUCAGAUGAUGAUUUGGCUCGGGACGUCUUCAUUCUGCUUCACAUACCUCUGUGCUGGCUGCUUCUAAGUGCCACGCGAGGCUCAUCAAUGGCCCGGGCAUUGUUCAGCAUCUUCUCUAUCAUCCACGUUGGGCUCCACUGUUUGCUGCGGAAUCAUCCCAAGUACGAGUUUAACAACCCUGUGUCUUGGUUCAUCAUACUGUUAUCCGGUGUUGCUGGCUUUGUCCAUUUGAUGGUCAGUUGGUCCGGACCUUCAGCCACUCCUCCCAAAGCCAGUGGCAAAGAGGCCUAG